AGAGAGAGAGAGAAAGAUAAGCAAUUAGCAAAAGAUGGAGCAGUGACGGUGAGACGACGGUAACGAAGAAGCAAAGAAGUCACGAGAAAUCUGGGAAUUGUCUUCAAAGCUCUUCACACGCUUUUUCCUCAAAAUUCAGGUCUAAAGCUCUCGACUUUGCGAUGGUUCUCGACGGAAACGGCGGUGCGGUUUGGUUAGGCGGCGGAGAACGGAUUCAGGAGGAGGAGAACGAGGAAGCUUCGUGGGGUAGGAAUCAAGAAGAAGGUGGAGCUUCACUUUCUCAUUUCAAGCCUAUGCUUGAAGGUGAUUGGUUCAGUAACCCACCACAUCCACAAGAUCUCCAAAUGUUACAGAAUCAGCAAGAUUUCAGAUUUCUCGGUGGUUUCCCUUUUAAUCCCAGCGACAAUCUUCUUCUUCACCAGUCGAUUGAUUCGUCUUCGUCUUGCUCUCCGUCUCAAGCUUUUAGCCUCGACCCUUCUCAGCCUUCGUUUCUAGCCGCCAACAACAAAUCUUGUCUCCUCAAUGUUCCUUCCUCCACAAACCCUUUCGACAAUGCGUUCGAGUUCGGCUCUGAUUCUGGUUUCCUCGGCCAAAUCCAAGCCCCGAUUUCGAUGGGGUUUGGUUCGUUGACACAACUGGGAAACCGGGAUUUGAGCUCCGUCCCUGAUUUCUUAUCUGCUCGGUCGCUACUCCCGCCGGAAAACAACAACUCCACGCCGUUAUGUGGCGGAGGAGGCGGUGGUGGUGGUGGAUUCACUCCUCUGGAGCUGGAAGGGUUUGGGAGUCCUGCAAAUGGCGGUUUUGUAGGGAACAGAGCGAAAGUUCUGAAACCUUUAGAGGUCUUAGCAUCGUCUGGUGCACAGCCUACUCUGUUCCAGAAACGUGCAGCUAUGCGUCAGAGCUCUGGAAGCAAGAUUGGGAACUCGGAAGGCUCGGGGAUGAGGAAGCUGAGCGAUGAUGGAGAGAUGGAUGAGACUGGGAUUGAGGUUUCUGGGUUGAAUUAUGAGUCUGAUGAGCUGAAUGAGAGUGGUAAAGCGGCGGAGAGUGUUCAGAAUGGAGGAGGAGGAUGUAAAGGUAAGAAGAAAGGAAUGCCUGCUAAGAAUCUGAUGGCUGAGAGGAGGAGGAGGAAGAAGCUUAAUGAUAGGCUUUAUAUGCUAAGAUCAGUUGUGCCCAAGAUCAGCAAAAUGGAUAGAGCAUCAAUACUUGGAGAUGCAAUUGAUUAUCUCAAGGAACUUUUACAAAGGAUCAAUGAUCUUCACAACGAACUUGAGUCAACUCCUCCUGGUUCUUUGCCUCCAACUUCAUCAAGCUUCCAUCCGUUAACUCCUACACCGCAGACUCUUUCUUGCCGCGUCAAGGAAGAGCUAUGUCCCUCUUCUUUGCCAAGCCCCAAAGGCCAGCAAGCAAGAGUUGAGGUUAGAUUAAGGGAAGGAAGAGCAGUGAACAUUCACAUGUUCUGUGGUCGUAGACCAGGUCUUUUGCUCGCUACCAUGAAAGCUUUGGAUAACCUUGGAUUGGAUGUUCAGCAAGCCGUGAUCAGCUGUUUCAACGGGUUUGCCUUGGAUGUUUUCCGUGCUGAGCAAUGCCAAGAAGGGCAGGAGAUAUUGCCUGAUCAAAUCAAAGCAGUGCUUUUCGAUACAGCUGGCUAUGCUGGUAUGAUCUGAUCUGAUCCGAUCAGAGCCGUAGUCAUGUCCAUUGAGAGCAUCUGGUGAAGCAGAGCUAGAAGAAACCAAGCCCCUUUAAAUCUGCAAUUUUCUUCUCUGUUUUUUUUUUUUUUCUCUUUCUUUCUUCAAAGCAUGUAUGCAAUUGCAAGUGCUUUGUUUUUUUUAUUAAGCUCUGAGAACUUGGGGUUGUUGGGUACAUAACUUCAACCUUUAUCUUAGCAAUGUUAACUUCAUUAUGUUUCAUAUCCUCAAGCAAUGAUCAAGAAUUUCUUUCAA